UGGGGGACAGUACUGAACCGUAAAGUUUCAUUUGCACACUAUUCCAAAGAGAUCCGAUUUAUUGAGGCAGUAAAAUGUGCAUGCAACAGGACAGCGAGAUGAAGCACUGUGUUUUGGACAUGAAGCAGAACUUAAAUGCAUGCUCAGUCACAGAGUUCUGCAAGGGACAAAACGUGGAAGGACAGACGGUCUUUCUAUCCAGCGGAUUAAGCAGCAUAAGCUUUUCUGGAGCAUCGCUGCUGGCUUGGGAGAGACCUGUCUGUGGCAGCCUCAUGCUGUGCUUUUCCUUCUGUAACUCGUUGAAAAAAUGAAAAGGGGGUGGGGGAGAAUAAACUAGCGAUGAGUCUCACCCCCUCUAGGUUGCUUAGCUUUCUCAAAGCCAUAUUCCUUUAAGAUGAUGUAAUAGUCAUUUCCCUGGAUGGUUUCUUCCCUGCACUGCUGAAACAACAGCAUCUGAAACUGUGGAACCACCCAGAUCAGCAGCAGCCACAGAGCAGCAGCUUGGGCUAGGGAAAGCAGGAGCAAGGCAGCUCGCCUGGGCAUCCUUUCAAACUGCUGCAGGCUGCUAUGCUCAGCUUGGGUUAGGAACAUGGGAAGCUCUCAGUCAUUACUGAUGGAGAAAGUACUACCACUCUGGGAUGCCACCAAAAUGUGUCACCACUGGGCUCAGAACCUGAGCUUUCUGCAAGUCAUCUAAAACAAGGUCCUCCUGCUGAUGACAUUUGCUCUUCCAAAGGAUCCUGACUUGGUGGGAUUUAUGCUCUUCUCUAUUUGUUGUGAUUGUUUUGCCUUUUUUCAGUCUCAGCUGUUUGCUACACAGCUUCAUUUCUCCUUUUGUGGCUGUUCUUGUUAACUUUCCUCUGUGAGGGUUUAACACUUAAGUUUUGCCUGGAUAUUGCCAAGUGAUCACCCUUCUCUUCUCCGUCUCUUUCCCACUCUGGAUAUGCUUUUUUCACUACCCAUCUUCAGAGUCAUUCUCCUUAAUGCUGAUUUGGGGAUUGCUUAGAAAAUGUUGCUUUUCUUCACAGAAGCUGCUUUCAUCCAUGUAACCAAGGCUUGUGAAUGAUAGGAAACAUGGUUUAAUCCUACUGUUUUGGGUUUUCAUUGAAGAUCUCAUCCUUUGAUUACAUUUUGUGAAGCCAGUCCUCUUUAUCUACCAUUUAAACCACUUUCUUAGUGGUCCUGAUCAUUAUAGUUGGACUUUUGGAAAUUGAACCCUACAACUUCUUUUUCCUUUUCCUUUUCAUCUCCCCUGCGUGAGAUCCUGCUCUUCUUAAAUGUUGGGAGACUCUUGGGAGAAUAAAUCGAGGAUCCUUACUAAAACCUUGGAUGUGAGUGAUUCUGCCAUAUCUUGGGGUUGGUUGGUUUGAAAGUAUCAUGGCAUUGAGUGGAAACUGCAGGACUUACCUUCCUCCUAGAGAGCAAGCGGCUGCUGCCCAGUCCUUCCCAGAGGUGAUAGAACUUAAUGUGGGUGGCCAGGUUUACUUCACCCGCCAUUCCACUUUGACAGGCAUUCCCCACACUCUGCUUUGGAAAAUGUUCACCUCGAAAAGAGAAGCAGUCAAUGACCUCGCCAAGGAUAACAAGGGAAGGAUAUUCAUUGACAGAGAUGGCUUUCUGUUCCGCUACAUCCUGGACUAUCUCAGGGACAAGCAGGUGGUCCUGCCUGACCACUUUCCAGAACGAGGACGGCUUAAGAGGGAAGCCGAGUACUUUCAGCUACCGGACUUGGUCAAACUCCUGACUCCUGAUGAGAUCAAGCAAAGUCCUGAUGACUAUUGCCACAGUGAUUAUGAGGAGCUUUCCCAAAGCAGCGACACUAGAAUAUGUGCCCCAUCAUCACUUCUGCCCUCAGAUCGAAAGUGGGGUUUUGUUACCCUUGGCUACAGGGGCUCCUGCACCGUGGGUAGAGAGACACAAGCUGAUGCUAAAUUCAGGAGAGUACCAAGGAUUUUGGUUUGUGGCAGGAUUGCUUUAGUCAAAGAAGUUUUUGGAGAAAGUUUGAAUGAGAGCAGAGACCCGGACCGGGCUCCUGAUCGAUACACCUCCAGGUUCUACCUGAAGUUCAGGCACUUGGAGAGAGCAUUCGAUAUGUUGUCAGAAUGUGGAUUCCACAUGGUGGCUUGUAAUUCUUCAGUGACUGCUUCAUUUGUCAAUCAGUACACUGAUGACAAAGUUUGGUCCAGCUACACAGAAUACGUCUUUUAUCGUAAGUACAAGGGGCUUCCCACACUGCGAGGGUUUGGGGUGCAGUGGCCUCAGUAUUUCCUUGGAGACUAUUCAUUUUGCCAGCUGAUCUUUGCUCUUGGGAGACUUUCUAUGGUGAAUGGAGAAAGUAUAGAGGGGCUUAUGUUGAUCAUCCAUCUUUUCAACACCUAGUAAGGGUAAAUUUAGUGAUGUGGUCUUGGCUAGGUGGCAGCACAGUCUGCCAAAUGUGUAUUACGUACUGACACCAUUCACACAACAUACAGAGAGACUGCUCUUCCACCUUUUGCUAACUACCCAUUUGAUGAUUUUAUGUGUCUUUUGAUUACUCAUUCAGUGCAAUGUAAGCUCUGAAAAAUACCCACCCCUCUGCUGAUUUAAUUACAGAAAAUCUUCACAUGUGAUUCAAUUUAAAAAGGUAAUAGAUGUUUGGUAAUAAUCAUGUGCCAUCAGCCAAACCAUCUGUCAACAAAGCUGACAUGCUUACAUACAGAGAAAGGAAAAGCAAAUCUAUUCACUGAAGUUCUUUUCUAGCAGGGUUCUUUUAUGUAAACGAGACAGAAAGAUGAGUCUUAGCUUCAAACAGAGAGGGUGUGCCGAAGAAUUGAGCUUUUGUUUCUUGCUGUGGUUACUCUGAUAGGAAUGUUUUUCAAACUGCAUAUUGGCUAGAAGUGCAUUAGAGCUUCAGUAUCAGGCAUUACAUUUUGAUAUUGAGAGGGAGAUGUUGGUCUGGUCACUUGAGGAUAACUUUUGAUCCAAUUAUUCUAUGGGAGUACUUGAUUUUCACUGCAAAGGACUGUUGCAUUUUCUCCUUGGUUAAUUUCCAGUAGAGGAGGGAUUAAGUUGUUCCAGAUCACAACCAGUAUUCUACUAGGCUCUUUACUAGUUUGGGGAAGACAAAUGUGAAGUAGAAGGGCCUUGCCCUAUUGAACUGUUGCCUUCAGCUUUUAAAUAAUGUUAUAACAAUUUUGAAAAACCUUGCAGAAACUCAGAGAUGGUUUUAACUGGACCUAAGUGUAAAGAAGAGUCAAGGAAUUGAGUAUUUAUUUUAUUAAGGUGAAUAUAAGUCUGUAUAUUUAGCAGUGUUUUUAAUAUUAAUGAAUAUAUGAAAAUGCGUCAGCAUUAAUUAACCAUUCUUGUUAAUCAAAUGACCCAAAAUGACCUAUAAAAUGUAAUAUGAACAUUAUUGAUAUUUUGCUGUUCAUAUCGUUUCUGCUUUACCAGUGGAGUUUUUUCAACUUUACUGUUGAUAUGUGUUUUUUAAAGUGAACAGAUAUAUUAGAAGGGAGUCUAAACUUUGUUGUUGUUGUGUACUUUUGUAUAGUUUUCAACUUCUUGUGACCUUAAGGUAAACCUAUCACAGGAUUGUAUUGGAAAGAUUUGUUUGGGGCGGAGUAUGGUGUGGGAUGGGGGCUGUCUUUGCUUCCUUCUGAGUUUCAGAGAGUGUAACCCAGUGGGUUUCCAUGGCCAAGCAUGGAUUCAAAUUGUCUCCAGAGUCAAUGUCCAAUGUUCACACCACUAAACCAUGCUGGCUCUCUUGACCUAAACUAUAUGCUUUAUUUAAAAAAUAGUUUUCCUUUUCACAAAGGAAGGAGUUUAUAUUUUCCCAAGAAAUCCAAGUUAACAACAUCAAACUAGACAUACGAUAUAUGAUUCCACAGUAGUCUUGCUGCCAUAUUAUGUUUGUUUUCCCUUUUCUCCAUAAUAUUUAGAUUUUGGAAAAAUCUAGAUAUAUCUGGAUUUUUGAGAAAUAUCUGUAUGUGUGUAUAUAUAUAUGAUAGAUAGAUAGAUAGAUAGACAGAUAGAUAGAUAGAUAGAUAGAUAGAUAGAUAGAUAGAUUUUUAGAGGAAUAUCUAGAUUUUUGAGAAAGUACAGCACUUUGCCACCUAGACCAUUAUCCACAGAUGGCCAAUCACAAUUGAGAAACACUCACAUUUGAAUAUGAGAGUGAUUAAAAGCAGUUAAUAUAUUUUUAAAAGGUCAGUACUGUUAAUGUGAUUGAUGGAAACAAUUAGGUCCACAUCCCACUUAAGAGUUAAGGUGUCACUCAGUUAUGAGGCCUUGCUGUUUUGAGGAAAGACAAUGGGAUCAUCUCAAAAAUUGGGUGAUACCAUCUUCUGAUAUACCGUGGAUUGACCAGAAAUGAAGGGAUACAGUUUAUUAGCAUUUUGUAUUACUGCGUUGUGUAAUGUGGCCAAGUUGUAAAUCAAGCAUUUAUUCCUCUCUUCACUACGACCAUAUUAGUGAUUGUGCUAUCCCAAUUCUUCUGUAUUAGAGCUGGAUUAAAAAGAAAAACAAGGGUCUGUGUACAUAAACAUAUUUUGGAACUUCAGACUUAAUACACAUAAGUCAAAAUCAUGCCUUUGUCACCCUGCACAUCUUGGAUUACACUUCAUCUCCACUUAAUUAUUUUCUACAAUAAAUCAUAUAUAUUAAUAUAUAUUAUAUAUAGUCCUUGCUGGAAAUAUUUAUACUAAGCUAAAUCUUCGCAAUUCAUGUUGUUUUUGGUCAAUAGCAUGUCAGCUAUCUUGAUUUAGUCUCCAAUUACUUUAUUAAUAUUUAGUAUUAUUAUUCUGGAUUAAUAGAUGUGUAGUUUUCAUUUUGAGGAAAGUAAUAGUCCCACUAUAUUCUGUGCUAGGCGCCCAAAAUUGAAACAAUAUUCCAGAUGAGGCAUCAUCUGGAAUAUUGUUUUCCAUUCUGAGUACCCUGUUUUAGGAAGAAUAUAUGGUAGAUAAGCUGAAAUUAGUGCAGAGAAGAAUAAUUAGGAUGAUGGGAGGUAUUGAGAACAAAAAUGCAUGAGAUACAUUCAAAUUGCUGGGAAUAUUCAGUUUGAUAAAGAGGAGACUGAGAGGUGGCAUCACAGCACUCUUUAAAGAUUUCAAGGUCUGUCUGAGAGAUGAGGGGCAGGCCUGUUCUCUGCAGCCCCAAUGGGUAAGGCCAGGUCUAAUGGUUUAAAGUUACAGGAGGGUAGAUUUCAACUGAACAUUAGAAGGAACUUAUUGACAGUAAAUGUGGUGCAGCAGUGGAACCAAUUCCUAGAAAGGUGACAGCUUCUCCUAUUCUGUAUGUCUUAAAAAAGGUCUGGACAGCCACCUGCUAUUAAUGCUAUUGCUAGAGAUCCUUUACUGAACGGGGGUUGGACUUGAUGACCUAUGAAGCCGCUUCCAGCUCCAUGAUUUUAUGAUUCUGUGACUGGAAUUUGACAAGAGUAUAGGAUCUUGAUCAAAAAAAGUAAUAAUUUCACUGUAUUCUGGUUUGGUCAGCGCUCACCUGUUGGGUCUAGUUCUAGCCACUACAAGUUAAAAGGGACAUAGAGGGAUGAUAAACAAAAUGGUAAAAGGUCUGGAAACCAAGCUCUUUCUGGAAAAAUUGAGAGAGUUUUAACAUGGGGAAAAUAAAAUUUCAAAAUCAUCUAAGUAGCCCUCUUUAAAUAUCCAAAGGGCUAUAAUGGCCCUGGAGGGCUGCAAGUAGGCUGAAGGCCACAUUUUGCUCACUCUGAUAUACCGUACUUAAAAACAUUUUGGAAGCUUAGUCCUCUUGCACAUAAGCCAAAUAAGGUGAGAUGCAAUGUCUUUCCGAAUUACUGCUAAAUAUUCCUCUAUUAGCAUGUAUGUAGAAAAGGAGCCCCGAUGGCGAAGUGUGUUAAAGCACUGAGCUGCUGAACUUGUAGACCGAAAGGUCCCAGGUUCAAACCCCGUGAGCGGCAUGAGCGGCCGCUGUUAGCUCCAGCUUCUUCCAACCUAGCAGUUCCAAAACAUGUCAAUGUGAGUAGAUCAAUAGGUACCGCUCUGGUGGGAAGGUAACGGCACUUCAUGCAGUCAUGCCGGCCACAUGACCUUGGAGGUGUCUAUGGACAACGCCAGCUCUUCGGCUUAGAAAUGGAGAUGAGCACCAACCCACAGAGUCAGACAUGACUGGACUUAAUGUCAGGGGAAACCUUUACCUUUACUAGAAAUUAGAAUCAUAGAAUCAUAGAAUAGUAGAGUUGGAAGAGACCUCAAGGGCCAUCUAGUCCAACCCCCCGCUAAGAAGCAGGAAAUCGCAUUCAAAGCACCCCCGACAGAUGGCCAUCCAGCCUCUGCUUAAAAGCCUCCAAAGAAGGAGCCUCCACCACGGCCCGGGGGAGAGAGUUCCACUGCCGAACAGCCCUCACAGUGAGGAAGUUCUUCCUGAUGUUCAGGUGGAAUCUCCUUUCCUGUAGUUUGAAGCCAUUGUUCCGUGUCCUAGUCUGCAGGGCAGCAGAAAAUAAGCUUGCUCCCUCCUCCCUAUGACUUCCCCUCACAUAUUUGUACAUGGCUAUCAUGUCUCCUCUCAGCCUUCUCUUCUGCAGGCUAAACAUGCCCAGCUCUUUAAGCCUCUCCUCAUAGGGCUUGUUCUCCAGACCCUUAAUCAUUUUAGUUGCCCUCCUCUGGACGCUUUCCAGCUUGUCAGCAUCUCCCUUCAUCUGCGGUGCCCAAAACUGGACACAGUAUUCCAGGUGUGGUCUGACCAAGGCAGAAUUGUAUGCAAAUCUCUAGUUGCUUUUGUCUUCUUUUUAAAUCCUGUAUUUCCUCUCUGUUUGGCCAUUCUACUUUAAGUAAGUCCCUUAAAGGAACUUUCAAGCCCCAGCAUUUCAGGCAAGUGACUUGUCCCUACAGCUCAUUCUUUGCUGCGUUAUCUAGUUUGAAAGGUUUUAGACAAUGUUCAGUAAUAUAAAUCAGGAAAUUAAUUCAUUACCACUUAAACAAGUACAGUUUAAUUAGCUUAGUUGCUGUUAGUUAACUUAUUAACAGAAAUAUUAAAUAUUCAUUCUUUAACAGAGCAAGAGAUUUACAGACAAAUGCAUGGAGGUUGUCUCUGUUAAUCCCAAAGAUUAAAGUCGUCAUCUCCUGAAUUUUUCUCCCAAUGGAUUAUUAAGCUCAUACAAAAAUUGUUGACUGCUUGGGCCGUCAUUAUUUCUGUAAAUUAUGGUGUCUGAUGCUAUCACAUGUCUCAUUGAUCUGUAUAUCCUUCCAUUUUUAUAACCUUUUCAUACUCAUGCCAACAUACUCAGAUGCUUCUUUAUGAUAUGUGAAUUAGGAAUAAUGUUCAACCAGGAUGAGAAUAACAUGGCCUCCUGUAUUUUAUUGUAGGCUAGAGUGAUUGUUGGAAAUGUCAGGGGGGGAGAAAAUGGAAGAUGGGGUUGAGGAAAACAUUUUGCUUAGUUAUCCAAGAUGCUAGCACUGUGAGAACAACAAUAUACAAAUGCAAAGUGAUAAUGGAAGCUUGCUCCAAAUAAUAAUAUACAAUAUUACAUAUUACAGAAAAAGAAUUGAAGAAAGUCAAAACACCAUCCCACUUCCGAAAGAUACACAGGUGAAUGGAAAGAGGGCCAAUUAGCUUUUCAUGUUAAAAGGCCAUAGAUCUGAUGGCUAAACAACUAAAUCCCUCCUCCAGAACAUAUUUUUCUUCCUUUUUUCUAUUCUUCAGUUUCUUCUCCUUCUUUGAAAGCUUCUCUACUAUUAUUUUAGGGAUUUCCAGAAAUGUAUGUUUCCCACUAUUCAAAACAGCAAGCUGAGCAACAGGAUCAUGCAAUAUAUUUUGUCCAUUUUUAAUCCUUCUCCUUAGACCUUCCCGUCUUAGGAAAUCUGCCAAACUCAUUCCAAUAUUCUAAAAAUCAUUCAGCUCUAUAGACAAUAGAAUUGAUGUCUAUGUUAAUUGAGCAUUCUGCUGUGUUAAGCCACAUCACUGGGAAAAUCAACAAAUCAAUAACUCAGUGAGUUAAUUGACUGGAUAUUUCUACAUUCUGUUCAACCUCUGAACAGCAGAAGCCAGAACUCAGACACAGAGGAUGGGUGGCCAUCUGGAUCAGGAAGGCCUGUGGCACAAAGAGCUGGAGAUUGGUCUCCAGCCUCAGCUUAAACACCAAACUUGAGAUUUUCAUGAAGAGCAUUGAAACAAAUGACUCUAAGACUUGGAGAAGCUCUUCUUAAUUUAUAUUCCUCUCAACACUCAGUGCCCUUGGUUUAAAGUUUAAGAUUCCAUUGCUUUCAGAGUUCAUAACCUAAGAAGGAGUUGAAGGAGCUAUGGUUUCUUGGGUUCCAGAGCAGUUGUCUACACCUUUAUGUUGCACAUGUGGAUUUUUAGCACCCAGUCACUUUUAUUUUCUUCCAAUAACAUAUUUUUGGGUGUCUGAAACAGGCUUGAGACUCCUGAAACAGCUAUUGGCAAAUUAUUCCCAAGACUCCUGGGGUGUAAUUUGUUGUUUUUCAUUUAAAAAUGGGAAUGUGUAGAUGUGGUUAAUUUUGUGAUUAUAAUGCAGCCCCUGGAUCAAUGCUAUAAUUGCACUUGCCUUGAAGCUUCUUGCACUUGAAGAACUAGGCACAUUCUUGGCUUGUUAUCAUAGUAUUACACUAAAGGGGAAUAAAAUACUUGAGUUAAAUUGUAGACACUAACUUUAUGCAUGUGUUACUCAUGCAUAGCGCAAUGAUGUAUAGGAAGUAAAGAUCUGAUAUCCCAGUUAUAGGUCAGUGCCUGUAGCUGCUCUAUUGGAGGGCUUUUCUCUUUAGAAUUGCUGCUUCGGAUCUCUGGGUUGGAAUUAACCUAGCUAUAUCAUAUUGGCAGUGGAGCCAUUCUUUAAGAAAGUGCCAUUCAUAUUUGCACAGGACUCUUGUUGAGGCAGCUCAUCUCCUUGAACUUUAUUCAAGAUCCUCCAGCUCCAUCUUGAACUUACCAAACUCCCAUCCUUCUGAGGAAUUUUAUCAUGUGAUCAGAAAUAGAUGGUCUGGUCCAGUGAGCAACAGUCUAGAAGUGGCUGACUAUGGUGAUAUAACCUAAAACACCAAUAAUAGGUAAAAUAAUGAUGUUGUGAGACAGAGUUAAGGCUGUAGAGGAAAAGAAUGGUGAGCAUCCUUGAGCUAGAACUAUAUGUUUUGAUAAAGAUCACAAAAUUGUCACAUGAUCUGCCUUGACCUUGCAAUAUUCAAGAGCAAUAUCUUUCUUUGACCACCAUGUAAGCACUAAAUUCAAACUAUAUAUGAGAUGGGUUGUUGAUUCAAGUGCAUUAAAUACGAUUUAUGCUUUUUUGAAAACACCUUCUUUGGAGGUCUUUAAAUACAUGUUGGAUGGCCAACUCCUGGGAGUGUUUUAGUUGUAUAUUCCUGCAUAGCAAGCGGUGGAUUAGACGGCCUUUGUGGUUCCUUCCAACUCUGUGAAUCAACAAUUCUAUAAAACUGGUGAAAAGCUAAUAAUAAUAAUAAUAAUAAUAACAACAACACCAACAACAACACUGGGUGCCGUGCCAAAAGAUCUCAGCCGGCAUUUGGAAACAAUAGACAUUGACAAAAUUAUGAUCUGUCAACUGCAAAAGGCCACCCUACUGGGAUCUGCACGCAUCAUCCAAAAAUACAUCACACAGUCCUAGACACUUGGGAAGUGUUCGACUUGAGAUUUUGUAAAACGAAAUCCAGCAUAUCUAUCUUGUUUGCUGUGUCAUACAUAAAAUAAUAAUAAACAACUUUAUUUGUAUUCCGCCCUAUCUCCCCAAGGGGACUCAGGGCAGAUUCCAACAUACAAUGGCAAACAUUCAAUGCCUCAGUAAACAAACAAAUACUGACAUAAAAAUCCCAGAGAAACCCCGCAUAUAAAAAUAACAUUAAAACCUAACAUCAAUUUAAAGUCUAACAUCAGUAAAUUAAAAUAGAAGUAAAUGAAUGCCUGUUGUGGAUUUCAGUCAUUUCAAAGGAUAUACCCUUUUUAUUGUGAGCUCCCCCCUAUCCCUUUAAAGCAGUCAUCACUUUACAAGAACUUAAUCAAAACCCAAAAUUUAAAUUUUCCCUGUGUGGCAGUAGGUGAUCUGAGCAUUAGCUCUAGUUGUUAAAAAUACUUCCCACUUUGCUGGGGUGCAACAUAGCGAUACAGCAAUUAUAUGUGUAUAUUACUUGUCCCUUUAGAUGCUCUAAUGUAAGAAUGUUGGCAAUCCAUGUUGAUACUGCAAAGUGUGGUCAGAGCCCUUUUCACAUCAACAUCCCCAAAUUCUUUUAAAAACAACCACUCUGAGGAGCAAUAAAACUGACAGCUGGUUUUCCAGUGGGACAUUCCAGUUUCUUUGCAGCUGCAUAGCCAUAAUUAUUUAAUUAGAGCUGCCAACUGUGCCUAUAUAAGCAUUAAUUUAUCAAGCUGUUGUGCUUGGGUUAAUGGGCCAAAACAGUGGGAGGUCUUCUAAUACAACUAGUUAGCUACAUGCAGAGAUGUUCUUUGCUGAUCAGCUUAUGUAUCUCCUGUGCAAGAGCACAGGGAGCAUGGAAGAUCUCAUAUUUUCCAAAAGGUUGUGAGUCAAGCUGCUGUAAUUUAUAUUACAAACACUCAAUUUAUUAAGACAUCAAUGAGAUUAUUUUUAUUUGAAAUCUGUAAACCUUGUGUGCAAAAGGCAAUUUAUUGCAAAUUUUCCAGAUAAUGAAAAAAGGGAGGGAAAGGCAGAUGUUUCCUAGACAAACUGAAUGUUGUAGUGUUAAAGUAACCAACAACAACUCAAAGGAGAGAUAUAGGUAAUAUAUAUAGUCUUUCUUUUGUGGACAAUAUAAGCAGGUGUACCAAAUUUUAGUGGGAGAUUCAUAUUCACUGAAGGCAACCAGUGCAGCAAAAUUAUUUCUGUUUGCUGGAUGUGUGGGAAUUGGAGCUGCAGAGGAAAAACAGGACCAGAUGACAAUGCAAUGUGUGUGUUCAGUGCAGCUGGGCUGUGCUCCAGCUUAAACUAGGCCAGCACAAGAGGGAAUUGAGAGGUAGGCUGUGCCUGUGUGUAUGUUGGGUCCAUUAUUUAACAGAUCUGGGGAUUACAGGCUCUUCGUGUGGUGCUCUGCUGGAAGAAAAGAUUGUGAAGAAGGAUGAGUUGCUGUUCAAAACAGAUCACAGGUUCAGGCUCUCUUCUAGUUUAGUAAUAGAGUCCUGUACCUGUCUUCCUUGUCACCCAAAGUUUAGCUGGAAGUUUAAAUGGGAACAGAGGUUUCUUAAAGCUACCCUCUUCUAUCUGCUUUAGCAUCUAUACCUUUUUCUAAAUUGCAGCUCUUAUAUAUUCAGAAAUAAUAUAGUAGUUGUAUAUUUAAGGAUGACAGAAUCUUCUCUAAGGUAGCCCCCUUCAAAAGUGUCCAGGCAUCUCCCCAGGUUGUUUGUGGACCAUGGGGCCGUUUUGGAAGGGCUGAAGACAGAACCAGCUCCAGUUUGAAGAGGGUCCUGGCAAAGUGUCUGCUGGUAUAUCCAUCAUGAAUUUCUGGGGCACUAGUAGCACAUACCCUCCAACUGUUCCAGUUGGGCAGGGAAAGUCCUGAUUAUGUCCCUGCCAUCCUACUUUCUCAACUACUUUUAAAAUACUAUAGUUUCUCUUUUCUCCCUUUACCCUCCACUUAUUUCAGUUGCUUGUUUUGAUUUGCUCUCCUACCAGCGAAAUCAUGAUACAACACAAACAUAUGGGUUUAACUGUGAGCAAGUUUAUUAUACAUUACCAAUCAACAUCUGUGUGAUCUACAAACAAAAUUAAAGGGCGUGAACAUAAACUUGAACUUGCCCUUACACUUGAACUUGAAUGUGAAUUUACACUUGACUUUGUUAAGCGAUACCAUUGAGGCCUUGACCCUCCAAGGCCAACUCUUCCCCCAACAAUGGGGCACCACCACACUCCCCAGGUGCAACCCACUUGUUGCGCCUAAUGGGACAGCCUGAUAAUCAAGUGUAAAUCUCCACAUCGACGUCCACACUUCAGUGGUGUACAUAGUUAUAUACAAAUCCUUGCUUUUAACAAGUGCUACCUAAUUAUGACCCCUUUACCCAAUUUGCCAUGUAAUGAGCAGUGUAGGGUAGGCGAAAAAAAACCCCCAGCGUUGUAGGGGGAAAGGUUCCUACCCGGCCCCCAUGGGCGACCCUCGCAAGUACACUGCUCAGGGCGGGUGGGUGGGUGAGUGUCCAGGCAAAAGUGACCUGGGCGGGGAAGCCCUUCCUGGAUAGCCCCGCCCAAAAGUAGUCCCAGCCGGGGCUAUUUGCCUCUCCCUUUCCUGGAAGGGAGCAAAGCGCUUCCCCGCCCCCAUGCUAGGGGCAGGAAAGAAAAUUGUUCUCCUACCAGUGAAAUCAUGAGACAACACAACCAUGUGGGCUUAACUAUGAGCAACUUUAUUAUACGUUACCAGUCAAUAUCUGUGUGAUCUACAAACAAAAUUAAAGGGUGUGAACAUAAACUUGAACUUGCCCUUAAACUUGAACUUACACUUUACUUUGUUAAGCGAUACCAUUGAGGCCUUGACCCUCCAAGGCCAACUCUUCCCCCAACAAUGGGGCACCACCAUACUCCCCAGGUGCAACCCACUUGUUGCGCCUAAUGGGACAGCCUGAUAAUCAAGUGUUCCAGCGAGACUAUGGUUAAAGUAAGCUCGCUUUACCACCACAGAUUAGGGAUAAGCUUCUGCUUAGUCACUAUCUCCCACUAAGCUUCCAACGCCUCUUGAAUUCCUUCUGAUUGUUGCCUGCGUCUGAUAAGUGGAUGCCGUCUGCUCAAUAAAAGUCGUAUCUACUCCUCAUGAUCAUGGGAUUUAUUUAUUUAUUUAUUUACAACAUUUCUACCCCGCCUUUCUCACCUGUGGGGACUCAAGGCGGCUUACAAUAAUAGGCAAAAAUUCAAUGCCUGACACAAUACAUUAAAACAACAGUUCAUAUAAAACAUGCUUAAGUGACCUGGGCGGGGAAGCCCUACCUGGCUAGCUCUGCCCAAAAGUAGUCCCGGCUGAGAUUAUUUGCCUCUCCCUUCGCUGGGAAGGAGCAAAGCGCUUCCCCGCCCCCAUGCUGGGGGCAGGAAAGGGAAUAUUUCAAACUGGAUUUGAAGUGCAAAAGUAGUUUGCACUUAUUUAUCUUGGGGUGGGUGGAUGAGAAAACCUUCCCAGUAGAUUUUGAUGAAAACAAACUGUGGAAGCCUCUUUUAGCUCAUGUCAUCUUCUUCAGUAAUAACUAUCUUUACAACACAAUGAUGUUGAUCAACCAUACAUGUCCUGGUUUCCAUCUCUAAAAUAUUGGCAGAUACAAUAUAAAUGAUGGUGUUUUGAACAGUAUUGGGUGCAAUUGUGAUUUUUUUUUCUCAUGAUGUUGUGGAAUAAUGCUAUGCAACAAGUUUGGGACCUAGAGAUAACCUAAAGGGUGCAGUGCUUGACAGGUAUCUGAUCCAGAGGACCAGCAUGUUCCCCUAAUAUGCCAGGGACUAGUACUGCAUUUUUGUCUAUUGAUGCAGCUGUUUCUUUAUUUCCUGAAAACUAUCCAUAGACCAGCAACCAAUGGCUUACAGUCUACCAUUGGUCAUAGAACUGGGGUGUUGAACUUCCCUGAUCUAAUGCUUUCCAGACGAUUGAAGCUGAGUAAAACUGAAGGGUGUGGGGAAAGACAAUGUUAGAUAUUAGCACUCCUGAGGUUUCCCAAGCUGCUCAAAGAUAUUGAAGAUUUUUUUACACUCAUUUUUCAUUAUUGUGGAAUAACACCUUUUUUGUGCUUAUUUCUAACUAAUAGUAUGUAAUAUUUUUUUUUAUUGUUUUGGCAUUAUCCUCCCCAUAAAGUUAUGCACCUUUUGCCUUUUCUCCUUCAUUUUCUCUUCCCUUGUUUUGUUUAUCCUUUGUCUUGCCACCCCCCCUUAAAAGUACAAUAAUGAGGAGUGGUAUUGCUUUGUUCUGUUGUCUCCCACAAUGCUGUGGUAGUAUAAUUCUAACCCAGAAGAAACAAACAAAAAAGUGAAAAGAGAAAGGAAGGCUGUGUCAUAUGUUAAGAGUGUACUGUGAAUCUUCCAGUUUGGCUUCCCCUCUUUCCUUCCUCGCCAGAAUUUCUGUGUAGGGGCAUCGAUGUAUACUACAACACAAAUAAGAACCUAAAAGGUAGGAAAAAUGGUGACAGGUUCUUACCCUCCUUUACUUCCCUUACAGAUAGACUGCAACAUACAGUAGAGUCUCACUUAUCCAAGCUAAACGGGCCAGCAGAAGCUUGGAUAAGCGAAUAUCUUGGAUAAUAAAGAGGGAUUAAGGAAAAGCUUAUUAAACAUCAAAUUAGGUUAUGAUUUUACAAAUUAAGCACCAAAACAUCAUGUUUUACAACAAAUUUGACAGAAAAAGCAGUUCAAUACACAGUAAUGUUAUGUUGUAAUUACUGCAUUUACGAAUUUAGCACCAAAAUAUCACGAUAUAUUGAAAACAUUGACUACAGAAAUGCCUUGGAUAAUCCAGAAACUUGGAUAAGUGAGGCUUGGAUAAGUGAGACUCUACUGUAUAUGCAAAAAUAUAUUAAUACACAUCAACAGGGUGAAUAUGCCUUAUCUAAAAUUUUUGGGACCAGAAGUGUUAUGUAUUUCAGGCUUUUUUUGGAUUUUAGAAUGCUAUAUAUAUAAAAUGAGAUACCUUGGAGAUAGAAUCCAAAUCUAAACACGAAAUUCCUUUAUGUUUCAUAUACAUCAUAUACACAUAGCUGAAGGUAAAUAUUUUAAAUAUUUUUGCACACAAAAGAAAUCUGUAAACAUUGAACCACCAGAAAGCAAUGGUGGCAGUAUCUCAGCCACCUGAUGUGGUCAAUUUUGGAGUAGUUCAGAAUUCUGGAUAAGAGAUGCUCAAUCUGUACCACCCAGCCACUCCUGCCCUCCCACUCUUCUCUAUGUCUUUCUAGAUAAGUGGUUCUCAACCUGUGAGUCCCUGGUGUUUUGGCCUACAACUCCUAGAAAUCCCAACCAGUUUACCAGCUGUUAGGAUUUCUGGGAGUUGAAGGCCAAAACUUCUGGGGAUCCACAGGUUGAGAACCACUGUUCUAGAUUAACCAAAGGAAAUCAGUCUGAAAGAGAAAGGGUAGGACUUGAAAGGCAGGAAGUGAGUCUAUGGACCUCAUCAAAUGGAGGCUGAGAAGCCAGGGGACAGCAGGGGAAAUUGUGGGGCAGCAUACCACUUCAUGCCCUUAUCAUCAUUGGCUGUGGAAUCCCUUUUCCACAUUUCUCUGCUGUCCCCUGCUUCCUCCUGCUUCCUCCCCAGCUUCUUCUAUGAGGAGUCGUGUGUACACGUGACUCCUCAGUGAUAAUAAUAAUAAUAAUAAUUUUAUUUUUGUACCCCGCCACCAUCUCCCCAGAGGGACUUGGGGCGGCUUACAGAUAUAAAACCAGCAUACAGUAUACAGUUUUACAAAAACACACAAAUAAAUUUAAAAGGCAUUAAAAAUCACAAUCAUUAUAAAACACAUGAAAAACACAGCAAUAAAAACAUAAAAUGAGCUGGGCAAAGUGCACUGAGUGGAACUUGUAAACAAGAAGGAAGUUAAGGUGCUACAAGGUCAUGGGAAGAGCCUUAGACUGGGGUGAACACUGAGGCUAUGUCAAGGAGUUAACCAAGAGGUACAACUGGUCAGAAGAACCCGCUAGUACCAGGGUUUAGUAUACAGUGGGCGGUACUUCUUCAAAGGCCUGUUUGAAGAGCCAGGUUUUCAGGCUCUUCCUGAACACUUCCAAGGUGGCAGCUUGCCUAAUUUCCCUGGGGAGUGCGUUCCAGAGCCGGGGGGCCGCCACGGAGAAGGCCCUCUCCCUCGUCCCCAACAACCGCACUUGUGACGGAGGCGGAAGCGAGAGGAGGGCCUCCCCCGACGAACGAAGAGAUCGUGCGGGUUCAUAGGGGGAGAUGCGGUCAGAAAGGUAAGUGGGUCCCAAACCGUUCAGUGCACUGUCUUUUGGUGCUGCCGGCAUGCUGCUGGCAUGGAGCCUCACUGGAAGUAGUCCUACGCCAUCUGAUGGGUUCUGGUGAACUUUGUGCUGGUAGUGUGCCGGCAGCGCUGUGACGCGGGGGAAGAGGCUUCUUGGCCUCCACCUGAUGAGGUCAUACAAGACAUCUCUCACAAUUCUCCCACCAUUUCUAGUGGGUUAUACUUCACAUGACAAAAAACCUAGUAGGUUUGAAAGGGAAUACACAGUUGCUGGACUAUCAGAGCUGAAAAAAGGAUUUGAAGGGGGAACAGUGAAGAACUCUAGCACAAUGGAGGCAAUGCUGUGUAAAAGCACCCACAGCUCCCCACAAGCAAAUGUGUCUGUUUCAGAAUUAAGGUCCUGUCUGGAAAAACUCUGGAGUAGAUGCAUGAAUAAAUACCUGUGAACUUGCUGCAGAUUAUAAAUGAAGUGAUUCUUAAAGCAUGGAUAUUUCAAUGUGUAUUUGUAACAUUGAUUGCCCAGACCUAAUUGACUAUCAGAUUGAACUCAGCACUUUACCCCCAACCCUGGCCCUAUAAUCUGUUUUUGCACAAGCCCAUGCCCCGCCCUCUCUAAUUUUGAUAUGCCCACUCUAGUCCUGGUUCUGGUUAUUGAGAUUGUCUCUGAUUUAUUUUAAUGGUGUUUUAUACUUUACUGUUUUAAUUGUUUACUUAGAUUGUCAUAUGUUUAUUGUGUUUUAAAUGUGUUUUUACUUGGUUAACUUUGCUCCCUUUUGUAAGCCGCCCCAUGUCCCUUUGGGGAGUUGGUGGCAGGAUAUAAAAAUAAAGUUAUCAUUAUUCUCCCAAUGCUAAUUUAGAUUACUCUACAUUUCCCACUACUCAGGAUAGCAAAAAAAGAGAAAGAAAUAGCACUAGCUGACACAAAUGUGAGACCCUGAAAAAUAGCAGAAUUGAUUGGAGACUUGAUAAAACUGCUGAUUUGCAUGGUAGGCAAAUGAUAGCUGGUAAUGGCUCCAGCUGUGGCUACUGGGACAGGCUUAGGCAGAUUUUUAGGAGGAAAUAUUAUCAAUGGUUGGUGAGAGUCAUGAUUUAGUGGAUCAUAGGUAGCAUGUGUUUGAAAACUAGCUGCUGAAAACAACAGCAGAAAGGGGAUUUUUACUCUUAUGUCCUGCUUCUGGCUUUCCAAAAAGGAUUCAGGUUGGCCACUGUGGAAAACAGGAUGCUGGACUUGAGAGACCUUUCACUGAAUCCUGAACUCUCCUUAAGCUGUUCUUGAUCCAACAGCCAUUCACAUAAUGAGCUCAAAUAUAGCUGUAAAUGAACAUGUCCAUUAUUUCAGACAUUUUCUAAAGUCUGAACAAGCAUGUCUACAUUUUUUAAAAAUUUGGAAUUAUUAUGCACAUUUCCUUGAGGCUUGUCUUGCUUUAUGACUACAUACACAACACAUCUUGGGGAACUGUAAUGUUCAAAGGAAGCAUUGAGACAUCUAUAGCAAAGUGACUGUGGGCUGAAAACUAAUUGACAGGCAUUGUGAGCCUUAUAGUCAUUGACUGCAUUCACUCAUUAUAUGAGCCCUGUGGGUUGUGGCCCCAUUCUUCACCUUAUCCUUCCAUCGAAGCACUGUUUGGUUUAUUCAUUCAGCUGAUGAAGUCUGCUAUGAAUAUUAAGAGAAAGAUAUGGAGUAAUCAUCAUUUUAUAUGUAGUUAAAUGACUAUAUGCUGUUGGGUAGGAGCUGGGAUUUGAGGAAAUGUGUGCAAUAAUUGGUGUCUGCUUAGAAUUCAGAUUUAUGACCUUUAACAACAAAUACAAAGGAAACCCUGAGGGUAUUCGGAUGGCAUACUUUACCUAAGAUUAAUUUAACCGACCAAAACAUGUCACCAUUUCUAUUUGAACAAAGCGUGAAAGAGCAUUUAAUUAGUAAGUGUAUUUAUACACAUAUUCAUGCAGUAUAACUGGCAUGGUAAGGCAGAAAAUUCAUGAGCUGCCAAUCCUGAAUGCUUUGCUGAAGUGAAUUUCAUUUGUUGUAACGCCGUUGCAGCCAUGUCAGCAUCACGUCAUGUUCUCUGAGAGAAAUGACACUGUGCCACCUUUAAUGUAUUGUGGCAGGUGGUUUUGCCUGCUCAAGCCUACUUCAUCAGAACCAUGCAGUGGCCUGGAAAGUAGGUAGAUAUACAUGUGGUAUGACAAUCACUAAUACAGUGAAGCUAAAGGGUAAAGAAAAUGUAAGUGCUAGAAAACAAUCCAUUAGGUAUCUUCUAUCCUAACUAAUAUGCUGUGAUAGCCAUGCCUACCUUAUCUGAUAUGUUAUGGUAGUUUAGAGGGAAACUUUUACAACUUUGAUGAACCCAGGAAAGACACAGAGAUAAGCGGGAAAAAGCAUAUCACCAAUAAAGUUCAAGCAUAUGUUAUCCAGAAUUGUGAAAUACAAAAUAUUCCAAAACCAAAAAAAUGUCUACAUAAAUGGCUAAUAGUGACACUUUUGUAUUAUAAUGAUUCAGUGUACAGAAACUUUGUUUCAUGCACAAAAUUAAUAAACAUAUUAGGAUUAAAAUUAUCUUCAGGCGAUGAACAAAAGGAGUAUAUGAAACAUACAUGAAUUUUGUGUUUAGACUUGGGUCCCAUCUCCAACAUAUCUCAUUAUGCAUAUGUAAGUAUCCCACAAAAUAAAGCAACAUGGAACAUUUUUGGGCCCAAGCAUUUCAAAUAAUGGGUACUCAACUGAACUGACAUUCAUUACACAAUCGGGUAUUGGAGUCAGCAAAACAGGUCUUCUUGUUUUGGUUUUACCAAUCACAGUUCUGUUAUUGGGCAGGAUCAUUGAACAGGACAAUAUUUAGAUAAUACUGUGCUGUUAUGUUUGAUUAAAAUUACUUUAGGUCUAUACUAUGGAUGGGAUUGCCAUAAAAUUGCAAGAUGCAUGAUAUUUAAAGCAGUGCUAAUCUGGUAUUAGAGCCUCUGGCGGCCCAGUGUGUUAAAGCGCUGAGCUGCUGAACUUGCAGACCGAAAGGUCCCAGGUUGAAAUGCGGGGAGUGGAGUGAGCGCCCACUGUUAGCUCCAGCUUCUGCCAACCUAGCAGUUCCAAAACAUGCCAAUGUGAGUAGAUCAAUAGGUACCGCUCCGGUAGGAAGGUAAUGGCAUUCCAUGCAGUCAUGCCGGCCACAUGACCUUGGAGGUGUCUAUGGACAAUGCCAGCUCUUCGGCUUAGAAAUUGAGAUGAGCACCAACCCCCAGAGUUGGACACGACUGGACUUAACGUCAGGGGAAACCUUUACCUUUACUAAUCUUGUAUUAUAGAAUAUGAGCUGUGGCCAGCUGUCUCCUGUUGACAUUAAUGACUUAAGACAUUUUUUUUUGCAUUAACAAAAAUGGAUGUUGCCUGCAAUGAACUAUUUGGUUUCUAUGGAAUCAAUGGUUUGUCUUUGCACUUAGGUUUCAAAUUUUUAAAGUAAAGUCAAAGGCAAAUAAAUCCUCUUUACCUCAUCUGUGAAAUGUCCUCAGAAAAAAAUAAGUUCUCCAGUGACUCUUUGAAUACUUAAUAAUCUGUCUUGAGAAUUACCAUUAAAUUUCUACCUUGGACUUGUAUCUGGAUGUUAUUUUCUGGGACAACACUUUUAUUUUCUGCACUAAUCCUAUUGACCUUUUUUGUAAAAAAAUUCUUUAAGAUCUAAACUAAAAUUUUAAUGUUUUUAUAGAAAAUGUAUGAUUAAGUGCAUAGCACAGUUAUAUUCAAAGAUCUAAAGCAAGACUUAGUAAAUAGAUACUCAGUCUAUAUCACAGUUUGGCAAACCACUCCCAGAACCAUACAACCUUUAUGGGCAAUGCCAUUUAACUGAGAGGUUUUGCAAGUUGUAGUCUGAAUUUUUUUAAAAGAAAAGCUCUCAUCUAUUUUAUGGUGAAAUCUUAUCUCAACAACUUCACUCUCUCUCAUGUGACAGUUCCUGCUGCUGCCUUGUGAGAAACCAGGCAGUGCCAUCUUAAGAUCUCCAAUUGCCCCUUCUUUCAUAGGUCACAGUAUGAUUUAAUGGUAAAGCACAUUUUUGAAAGUUAACAGCACUGCACAAAUGGAAUAUCUAAAAUGAACUGCUGAUUGUUCUGAAAUUUAAUGAUCUCUCAUGAGAGCCUGAGUUCUAAAGCACGCAGAGUGGGUGAGAGGAAGAGUGGGAGGGAGGAAGUUCAAAUGCUGUUGGAUUUAUGCAGUUGCCAGAGUGGAAGACAGGCUGUGCACAGGAUGAGAACUGAUGGAACCAAAACACUGUCCUCUCACAGGGGGCAAGUUUUCUCUGGCAAAGAAAUGAAAGAUUACUGCACUCAGAUUCUCGUGGUUAACUAGUACCUCAAAUAAGAAAUCUCUUCCAUGAAAAUUUCCUUCAAUACCAACAUUACUAGCUUUACAGAGAAUGAGUCACUGAAAAUCGUUUGCACUUAGAACUCUUAGAUUUGCUGUGUUUGCAUUCCCUUGGUAACUUUGCCUGCUCUGUUUCCUUGGCUGCCUAAAUAGUAUCUCUAAAUGCUCAGCUGACAUUUUUAAGUAACUACAAUCGUAGAAAUUUGAGAAUUGAGGGUCUGGAAUUAUUAUUGGGGAGACAACAACCUCAUUUUGCUUUUCCCUCCUGCUAUACCUGUAGCUAUAUUCACUAGAAAUUGGUAAAUUAAAAAAUGUUCCUUAACAUGAGACAAAGAUUUUGCCUUCUCCGUGUUUCUCAGUUUUGCUUUUUUGUGUAACCUGAAUCUGCAUACUGACAAUUUAAAGUAGUGUGUAACGAAAAACCUUAUUAUAAUGGGGAUUUUUGUCUAUGUUAUUUAACGUGGGUAUUGUGGCAAAGGUAUGCAGGAGUUACCUACUUCUUAUUGGUUAUUGUGUCACCAUGGUAAUGUAGCUACUGCUGUAGAAAUGUAUUUAUUUAUUUAUAUCAUUUUUUCCCGCCCUUCUCACCCGGAGGUACCCAGGGCAGCUUACAACAGUCGGCAAUUACAUUGCCCAAGAUACAUUCAAUAAAGCAAUGACAUAUGACAGGGCCUUCUCUGUGGUGGCCCCCCGACUCUGGAACACCCUCCCCAAGGAUCUCAGACAGGCCCCUACAUUGGCAGUCUUCAGAAAGAACUUGAAGACCUGGCUGUUCCAAUGUGCCUUCCCAGAUUAAUAGGAAAUCUCCAACACCAAGUCCCAUAAGCACUUUAUUAGAACUAAGAUCGUAUAUCGCACUCUGCACUUGCCCUAUAACCUUAUAUAUCACCUGUCACAUCAGCACUUUUAAUCUUGUACCCAUUACUCUGGCCCGGCCCAGUUCUAUUGUGUUUUAGCGUAUUGUUUAUUGCUUGUUGUUUAUACUGUUUUAAUUGUUUUUAAUUUGCCUUUUUGUUUUGUAUUGUUAUAUUGUGUGUUGAGGCCUUGGCCUUUGUAAGCCGCAUCGAGUCCUUCGGGAGAUGCUAGCGGGGUACGAAUAAAGUUUAAUAAUAAUAAUAAUAAUGUAUCCAUUCUGAGUGGCUAGCAAAAAAGGGGCGGAGCUAGCUGGAAGAAAAAAAAGGAGAAAGUCAGCUCAGUCUCUAAUCUGAUGAGCUAGAGCAGGGGUCCCCAAACCUUUUAAACAGGGGGCCAGUUCACGAUCCUUCGGACCGUUGGAGGGCCGGACUAUAGUUGGCCACCGAGCAAUAAUAAUAAUGACAACAACAACAACAACAACAACAACAAUAAAAAAGAGGGUUGGAAGAGACCCUUUGGGCUAUUGAGUCCAAUCCCCUUCUGCCUUUGUGCACCAAAAGCACAAGCAAAGCACCCCUAACAGAUGGCCACCCAGCCUCAAUGUUAAUAAUAAUAAUAAUAAUAAUAAUAAUAAUAAUAAUAAUAAUAAUAAUAAUAAAAUUACGAUCUGCCAACUGCAAAAGGCCACCCUACUGGGAUCUGCACACAUCAUCCGAAAAUACAUCACACAGUCCUAGACACUUGGGAAGUGUUCGACUUGGGAUUUUGUGAUACGAAAUCCAGCAUAUCUAUCUUGUUUGCUGUGACAUAAUAAAAUAAUAAUGAUAAUAAUAAUAAUAAUAAUAAUAAUAAUAAUAAUAAUAAUAAAAAAGAGGGUUGGAAGAGACCCCUUGGGUCAUUUAGUCCAAUCCCCUUCUGCCCUUGUGCACCAAAAGCACAAGCAAAGCACCCGACAGAUGGCCACCCAGCCUCAAUGUUAAUAAUAAUAAGAAGAAGAAGAAGAAGGAGGAGGAGGAGGAGGGUUGGAAGAGAAGAAGAGACCCCCUGGGUCAUUUAGUCCAACCCUCUUUUGCCCUUGUGCCGUGGGGGCCGGAUAAAUGGCUUUGAUGGGCCGCAUCUGGCCCCCGGGCCUUAGUUUGGGGACCCCUGAGCUAGAGGGAAGAUGAUAUAUGUUUAAGUGUGUAGCUUCCAAUGUUGUAUUGAAAUAUAAAGGGACUAGUUUAAGUCCAGGUUUUCAGUUGGGUAAAGCUGAGAGAGAAAGAGAAUCAUUUGAGACAAAGUUUCAGUCAAUUUAUUGAUGUUAAAGAGUGAAAGAUAAUAUCUAUUAUAUGCAAGUGGAAUUGACCGAAAGAACUUUUUAACAAGAUACGCUUUAUGUGCCAGAGAAUUCAUAAAUAAACAGAAAAGUUC